AUGGAUCAACAAACUUCGGACCUACUAUGGAAAUAUUUAUCAGACUCCCUUUCGGACAUACAAUCACAAGAACGUCUAAUGUUUUUCGGGACACAAUUACAAGACGAUAAUACUUUAACGGACUAUGCGAUCCAAAGUGAAUCACCGUUGAUUAUGGCACUUCGCUUACGUGGCGGAAUGUAUCAUUUCCCCAGUGGUCGUCAAGACUUUCAAGUUUCGCCUUGUGAUGAUGGUGCGAAUGCGAUUAUAAGUGUUCUCAAAUUUGCAUUUAAAAACGAUAAUUUACAAGUCCAAACACUUUUAUUGAAUUUAUACAGAACAUCUAAGGACUAUUCGCUGGUAAAUGGGAUGAUAAACAUAAAAAAUGUUGUACUUUUUGUGCAAUGA